GGAAGAGCGGGUUCACACUGGUGUAACUAGCAUGCAUCCGGCUGGAAACUCAGGACGCUGCAGCUGAAACGUUCCGGCACCGGCUCUGCUGGCCCGUCUAAAGCGGCGGCCGCGGGGGCGCAAUGGGAGCGGCGGGCGUAGGGUUGGUGGACUGUCACUGCCACCUCUCCGCCCCGGACUUUGACCGCGAUUUGGAUGAUGUGUUGGAGAAAGCCAAGAAGGCCAAUGUUGUGGCCCUUGUGGCAGUUGCUGAACAUUCAGGAGAAUUUGAAAAGAUUAUACAACUUUCAGAAAGGUAUAAUGGGUUUGUCCUGCCAUGCUUGGGUGUUCAUCCAGUUCAAGGACUUUCACCAGAAGACCAAAGAAAUGUCACACUAAAGGAUUUGGAUGUAGCUUUGCCCAUUAUUGAGAAUUAUAAGGAUCGGUUGUUGGCAAUUGGAGAGGUUGGGCUAGAUUUCUCCCCCAGAUUUGCUGGCACUGAUGAACAGAAGGAAGAGCAAAGACAAGUCCUAAUCAGACAGAUCCAAUUAGCCAAAAGACUAAAUUUGCCUGUAAAUGUGCACUCACGCUCUGCCGGAAGACCUACCAUCAACCUUUUACAAGAGCAAGAAGCAGAAACUUGUGAAACAAUUGCCUUUAACUUCUAUAUGCUUAGAAACAGAUUCACCUGCACUAGGACCAGAAAAGCAGCUAUAGUCUCCAAGGAUCUGCUUCCCUUCAGGGUCAUGUUUGACAUGGUGUCUGCUGUCUUGUUUCAGGGCGGCACGUGGUCCACGCCAAGCAAUAGAGAUGCUCAGGCUGUGCCCUCAGGGACCAGAUGGGAGACAGCAGCACCUGCGGGGACAGAGAAGCUCUUUGGGACAAGCUCUUUGGGAAGUGGAGCAUUCAUGAUGUGCAUGCAGAUCAAUGACAUUUCCCUGCAGGAUUACGUUACAGUUAAGUAUGCCAAGCACCUGCCUCACAGUGCAGGGCAGUAUGCCGCCAAAUGCUUCCACAAAGCUCAGCGCCCCACUGUGGAUUGCCUCACUCACUCCAUGAUGACGCACGGCCGCAACAACUGCAAGAAGCUCGUGACCUUGCGCGUCGCCAAGCAUGCCUUCGAGACCAUUCACCUGCUCACAGGAGAGGGCUCUCUGCAGGUCCUGGUAUGCAAAGGAAAAGAGUACAGUGCCUUCCAAUUCUUAUUGAAUACGUCCAGCAAAAUAUACUGUAUUAUUACGCUCUUGCAUUUCUUAAGAUUAUUCCACAGCAACCAACUAAGGUUGCUGUGAGAAACUCUCAAGUUUGUGAGCCAUUGCCCAAGGACAUAGCUAUUGGUCUACAGAGGAAUGAGGUAAGUUCUACCACUACAUCUGGGAAAGUAUAUUCCAUGUCCCAACAUUUAUUCAAUCAGCCAGGAAACGUUUCCUGAGUUCCUGAUUUGUGCCAGACACUGUUCUAGGGACUGAGGAUAAAGUAGUGAAAAAAGCAGAUACCAUCCCUGCCUUCAAGGAGCUUAGCCUUCAUUAGGGAGUGAUAAACACUGUGGUAAAAAAGAAAGCUGGGUAAGGGAUUAUAGAGUGUUGAGGAGUGCUGCUUAGAUAGGAUGGUUUCUUUUAUUUUUUAUUUCAGUAGUUUUUGGGGUAAAGGUGGGUUUUGGUUACAUGGGUAAGUUCUUCAGUGGUGAUUUCUGGGAUUUUGCUGCACCCAUCACCCGAGCAGUGGACAUUGUACCCAAUAUGUAGUCUUUUAUCCCUUGCCCAUCUUUUACCUUUCUUUCCCUUCAGGUUCCUAAAGUCCAUUAUAUCAUUCUUAUGCCUUUGCAUCCUCAUAGCUUAGCUCCCACUUAUAUGUGAGAACAGACAAUAUUUGGUUUUCCAUUCCUGAGUCACUUCACUUAGAAUAAUGGCCUCCUGGCCAGGUGCAGUGGCUCAAGCCUAUAAUCCCAGCACUUUGGGAGUCUGAGAUGGGUGGAUCACUUGAAGCCAGGAGUUUGAAACCGGCCUGGCCAACAUGGCGAAACCCUAUCUCUACUAAAAUAAAAAAAAAAAUUAAAAAAAAAAAUUAGCCGGGCGUGGUGGCAGGCAAUUCCAGCUACUUGGGAGGCUGAAGCACUUGAAACUGGGGGGCAGGGGUUGCAGUGAGCUGAGAUCACGUCAUCGCACUUCAGCCUGGGCGACAGAGAGACUCAGCUUUCACAGAAUUGAAGAGAGUUGGGGCCUUCCUCUGGGUUGGGCUUUGGCUUAAGGAAACGUUGUGGCUGGGGUGAUCUGUCCAGAUCACUGAAACUUUCUCCCUAUUGGCAAUAAGGCUGUUUUGCUUUCUCAUCAUUUGUGUGUUCACUAAAGGAAAUUUUUAAUUUCCUUCAAGGGUUUUUCCUUUGCAGUGAUAAUUUGGAUAAAUGAUUGGCACAAGAGGUCUGGCUUUUGGCCUAUCUUGGCUUUUGCCAUGCCUUCCUCACUAAGCUUAAUCAUUUCUAGCUUUUGAUUUAAAGUGAGACGUAACACUCCCUCCUUUCAUCUCAGGUGAUCCGCUCACCUCGGCCUCACAAAAUGCUAGGAUUAUAGGCAUGAGCCACCUUGCCCAGCCCUAGAGUUAUUUUUGAAUAAAACAAACACAUGACUGUUACAAAUUAACUCUAAACACUGGAGAAUCUCAGCUUUCUACACCACACUGUAUCACACUCUACUCCACUUCCUAAGAGGACUGGGCAAGUGUAAAGUCACAGCCACAUAAAGAAGUGAAAUCUCAAAUGUGGUGAUUCUUUUGUUUCUGAUCUAAAUUAAUAAUUUGUUGGUUGUAUUAGAUAUGAUUACACACCCCCUUCUCUUUUUUUCAAAUAAAUGAAAAAAUGCUAUCUCAGCUGCCUGCCUAGACUAAGAAACAAGUAUUCACAAUGAAGGUAUUUAUCAGCUCCCCUUCUUCCGCCUAUAAAAUAAUACCACCACCAUCACUACCAUGCCAUCCCCUGCACCCAAAAACCUUCCUCCAUGUUUUGUUUGUUUGUUUGUUUGAGAAGGAGUCUCACUCUGUAACCCAGGUUGGAGUACACUGGAGUGAUCUCGGCUCACUGCAACCUCCACCUCUGGAAUUCAAGCAAUUCUCCUGCCUCAGCCUCCCAAGGAGCUGGGACUAAAGGUUUUCUUCAGGGGAAACAAAGGUUAAAAAGAUAUGACGGAGUCUCUCUCUCUGUCUCCAGGAUGGAGUCCAGUGGAGGAUAUCGGCUCACUGCAACCCCGACUCCCUGGUUUCAUGGGAUUCUCCUGCCUCAGCCUCCCCAGUAGCUGGGAUUACAGGCAUGCGCCACCACACCCAGCUAAUGUUUGUCUCGCUCUGUCACACAGGCUGGAGUGCAAUGGUGCAAUCACAGUUUCAUUAUGUCGGCCAGGCUGCUCUUGAACUCCUGGGCUCAAGCGAUUCCUCUUGGCCUCCCAAAAUGCUGGGAUUACAGAUGUGCAUCACCAGGCCCAGCCAUUCAACCCUCAUAAUAUUGGUUUCAUCAUCUGUAAAAUGGGGCUAAAGAUACUGCUUUCACCAAGCUGUGUGUUUGUAUGUGUGGUCACUCUGGAAUGUUUCCAAUGUGGAGGAAGGGGGCAGGGCAAAACCAACCAACUGACUAACUCACUACAUGGAGAAGAAACUCAAGAAACAAGCUGACUCAAGAAAUUACAGAUCAUUCACAGUGCCAUUGCUGCCUUCAAAGAUCUCAAGACAGUGUCUGGCACAUACCAUUCAACACAAGUUUGGUACCUGGAACCCACUGAACCCACUGAAUGUGCAUGUCCAGUAACUAUUAACUACAUGUGUUGGUGCAAGGGAGAAGGUCGAGCAACCGGAUCUGCUCCAUCACAGCCCGUCUCAGUUGCUUCAUUCAAGUCAGCGGGGUGAGGUUGAGGGGAUUCCAACUUCACAAGGGCAGAUUUCUCAUGGACUCUCUUUCUCUGGUUGUACUGGAACACUUUCUGGCGUUAUUCCUCUGCUGGGAUAGCAUGACUUUAUGAAACGUGGUCCUGUCUGCCCUAAAGCCAGGGUCUCACUGAGACGGACAGCGAUGCUGGGGCGAGAAAUAAAGUUCGUCCUGGGCCUGCGUACGGUACAGUGCCCUUGGGAAGCCCUUGUGGAGCUGAGGGUGAUGCCCACUUCUUUGUCUCCCUCAUUCUGUUUCGGUGGCUCUCUCGUUCCCAGUUCCAAGCUGCCCACUUGUUAGAAGAGCCACUGCUUACCAGGCAUCUGGUUUAAUAAAACAUGGCCAGAGCGACUGCAUGUUAAAGUGAGUAACUAGGCACUCACAGGGCACCUACAAGGUUAAUGCUAAAGGUCUGAAAAUAGCCGCAUUCUAAGCUGACCAACAAUUAUAAUUACACAAUAUUUAUGGUCAUACAGGACAUCUCCCACCGAGUCUGAGGAAUGUCCAGAUGUCCUGAGUUUUUUUGUUUUUU